CCUACCAGGUACCGGGCGGAGGCCCGGAGGCAGGACCCGCCCGGCUGAGGACGCAGGGAUGCGGCGGGGAGGCCCUGGGACUUUGAAGCGCUGCCCAGGGGGCCGCAGGCGGGCUCUCGGGUGCUUUAAUGGGGAGAGGAAGGGGGCAGGCAGCCCUACGAGAGGGUUCUGGGAAGUCGCCCCAGGCAGUGGGGGGAGGGUCAGGAAGGAGGAAGAGGAGCCGCCGUCCCGGUUCUCCUCGGUGGAAGCCCGCGAAAGGCGGAGCCAGAUGUGCACGGAGUGUGGGAAGGCUCAUACCUGCCCCCCGCAUGCCUGGGCGUGCGCACGCCCGAGCCGUCGCCGGACAGCGGGCGCUGGGUUCGAAACCUGACUUGCCUCCUCCCUCGGCCCGGGUUUCCCAAGUGUCAGACUGGGCUGAUUAGGGGGCCUCCCUUCAGGGCAGCAGUAUCUGGAGCUGCGCUUCAGCCGCGCUGUGCGGCUCUGCGGGACCCUGCAGUACCUGGUGGCCACAAUGAUGUAUACUGGCAUCGUGAUCUACGCCCCCGCGCUCAUCCUGAAUCAAGUGACUGGGUUGGACAUCUGGGCAUCGCUCCUGUCCACCGGAGCCAUCUGUACCUUCUACACGACUGUGGGCGGCAUGAAGGCUGUGGUCUGGACCGAUGUGUUUCAGGUCGUGGUGAUGCUCACUGGCUUCUGGGUUGUCCUGGCCCGCGGCACCAUGCUGGUGGGUGGGCCCAGGCAUGUGCUUGACAUCGCCCAGAACCACUCCCGGAUCAACCUGAUGGACUUUAACCCGGACCCACGGAGCCGCUACACGUUCUGGACUUUUGUGGUGGGUGGCACAUUGGUGUGGCUCUCGAUGUACGGCGUCAACCAAGCACAGGUGCAGCGCUAUGUGGCCUGUCGCACAGAGAAGCAGGCCAAGCUGGCCCUGCUCAUCAACCAGCUGGGCCUGAUCCUGAUCGUGUUCAGUGCUGCUGGCUGUGGCGUGAUCAUGUUCACGAUCUAUAUAGACUGCGACCCUCUCCUGGCAGGGCGGAUCUCUGCCCCAGACCAGUACAUGCCCCUGCUGGUGCUGGACAUCUUCAAGGACCUGCCUGGAGUCCCCGGGCUCUUUCUGGCCUGUGCCUACAGUGGUACCCUCAGCACCGCAUCCACCAGCAUCAAUGCCAUGGCCGCAGUCACCGUGGAGGACCUCAUCAAGCCUCGGCUGCCGAGCAUCACACCCCGGAGACUCGUGAUGAUCUCCAAGGGGCUCUCACUCAUCUAUGGCUCAGCCUGUCUCACCGUGGCGGCUCUGUCCUCACUGCUGGGGGGAGGCGUCCUCCAGGGCUCCUUCACCGUCAUGGGAGUCAUCAGCGGCCCCCUCCUUGGAGCCUUCAUCCUGGGAAUGUUUCUCCCUGCCUGCAACACUCCGGGUGUCCUCUCCGGGCUGGCCACCGGCUUGGCGCUCUCGCUGUGGGUGGCGGUGGGCGCCACUCUGUACCCGCCCGGCGCUCAGUCCUUGGGAGUCCUGCCGUCAUCGGCCGCCGGCUGUGCGGUGCCCUCCGCCAACACCUCCGGCCUCCAGGGCCUGCUCGGGGCCACCAACACCUCCAGCAAGAGCCCCAGCCCCGGAGUGGACCCCGGGCGACCGGCCUUAGCUGACAGCUUCUACGCCAUUUCCUAUCUUUAUUAUGGUGGCCUGGGAACGCUGAGCACUGUGCUGUUUGGAGCCCUCAUCAGCUGCUUGACAGGCCCCACCAAGCGCAGUGCCUUGGGUCCUGGGCUGCUGUGGUGGGACCUUGCACGACAGACAGCAUCGGUGGCCCCCAAGGAAGAAGUGGCUACCUUGGAUGACAGCUUGGGGAAGGUCAGUCACAGGGCUGGCUCCCAGAGCAGGGGGAAGGGCAGUGAAAUGACUUUGGGUGCUCUGGGCAUGGCCAUAAUUCAGGGGAGGGACGUGGUGAGUCCCUAUAUUUCUCAACCUCUUGUUACCUCCAGUGGAAAGCCUCCACUGAGAGUUGAUGUGUCUUCAACACUUUUUAUUAUUCCCUUAGCAAAGACUGAGCGGAAUUUCAUACUGUUCAUAUCCUUGUAUCAUUUUUACAAUUAUUUUCAAUCUAUGGCAGGUGAAACUGGUUUGCCUUUAGGGUGUUGAUGUAAAGUCCCUCCUGUAAAUAAAAUUACGUAAUUCAAAAGUGAGUCAACUUAGAGAAAAUCUUACAUAAGAAACACAACAGGGAGUAGACCAGCUUCAGCCAAAGCCAUGUGGUUACUAUGUGAAUGCCCUGAAUUUGGAACAUGCUGUCCCUGAUCCAGACCUGCCCCUGCUUUGGAAUCCCUGUUUCAUUUUCUCAUUUCUUACGCACUUGCUGUGUCCCCAGGCCUAUUCUGGGCUGGGGUUCGAGUCCACUGUCUAGGAGGAGCAGGGGAAAGCUGAACUGAGAAUUGAGUAGGAUCUCAGCAGGUAAUGAGGACAAUAAAACAGGGUCCUGUGAUGAGGGUGGCCUCUUGGAAGACAUAAGAGCUAGAGCCCACAGGGAGGAGGAGCCAGCCUGCAGAAGAUCUGGGGGGAGGGCACUGUUGAUGGAGAGCACAGCAGGUGCAAAGGCUGAGGCCAGAAGCUUGGAAGGGGGAGGUAUGGAGAGGGAAGGGAUUUGGCUGGAGUGUUUUGAAAGCUCCUUCCAGCUGCUGAAGGGAAAUAUUUAUUUUCUUGAAAGGAGAGCAGGCAGAAAGUCAGAGAGAGGGAGGUAUGCAUCCGUGCAAGCUUUAACGGCCUGGACUAUAGGUCACCUGGGCAUUGGGGGAGAGAAGUGGAUGGGGACUUUGGAGGCAGAAGGGACAGGACUGGCUGAUGCACUGACCAAGGGGACAAUUGUGCAACCCUCCCCAAGUCUGUCCUUCUAGGCCCUCAGUGAUCCCAUCUGCGGGAUGAGCUGACACAGAGCAGAAUGGGGUCUCUGAAUGGGAUUUCUUCUCUCUCCCCUCCAGGGUGCUGAGGAGCUGCCCCCUGGAGCCAAGAGGCCUCCUGACUUCUUGCCCAGUGAUGAGGACCGUCCGCUCUUCCUGGGGCAGAAGGAGGUGGAGGGAGCCGGCUCCCAGACCCCCAGCAGUGGACAUGACCAUGGC